AUGUAAAAAUAAUCUCACAAAGUCGAAAAAAGUGGGGCAUAAUAAUGCUAAAAAUGUCUCAGAUUUGGACAUUGGACUUAUGAGUGUAAAAAUGAAGCAGCUUACGCUUAUCGCCCAUCAAGAACGACUAUUAUCAAGAAUCCUGACCUAUAACCAGAAUAUGUAUUUGAAGCAGGACCAAAAGGACCAAGGAUUCAUGAUGGAGAUAAAAAAAGAAGUACAAUAUUGCAUAGUGAAAGUUCAGAUAGUGAAAGCUCAGGAAGUGAUGAUGAGAAGCUUUAACAAGAGCUGCUCAAGCUAAUAUAGAAGCAUUAAAAACUUGAUAAGAAGAAUAAAAAAGGAGGCGAUUCUUCUUCAUCUUCUUCAAGUUCAUCUAGUUCAGGCAGUGAUUCAUCAGACAAUGAUUCAUCAAGUGGAUCAGAUGAUGAAGCAAGUAGUAUCUCUGAGGAAAGUAGUGAAGGUGAAAAAAAGAAAAAAGAAAAAUCAAGAGGUAGUAAAUCAUCUCACAAAGAUAAUAUAUAAAAGUAAAAAGAGGCUGAUAAUUAAACAAAAAGAAGAUCAAGGAGUAGAGGUGAUAGAGAUCUAAAUCAUAAAAAGAGGGAUGAUGAGAGAUCUUAAUAGAGAGAAAAGGAUUAAAAUAAUCAUAAAGAGAGGAGAAGAUAUUCUAGAAGUAGAUCAUAUGAGAAAAAGAGAAGAGAUAGUAGAGAUGAUUAAAGAAGAGAUAGAGAAAGUGUUGCGGAGUUCUGUUGGUAAGAUAGAGAGAUUAGAUUCGAUAUCCCUAUCGCCUAACUUUAACCUAGAAAAGGAGAAGUCAUUGUUGAUUCAAUAAAUUCUGUGGAAGACACAAAGGGAAAUAAUGGAGAUAAGGGAAGCAUUUUGAUAACAAAUCUAAGGCUAAUUUGGUUCUCUGACUAAAAUCAAAGAAUCAAUCUAUCUGUAGGUUAUGAAUGCAUCUUGAAUACAGGAACAACAUAAGCCUUAUUCUUGAGAACUAAAUAUUAAUCAAGCAGAUAUGAAUUCAUCUUUACCUCGUUAGUAAAGAAUUCACCUAGACUUUUUACAUCUUUUCAAGCUGUUAUUAGAUCUUAUGAGACUUCUAAACUGUUCAGAGAUCUUAAACUUAGAGGAGCGAUUGUGUAAGAUAAACAGGUGAUUCUCUUACCUAAAGAACAAAUAUUUUCUAAAUACAAUGGUGUUUGGAAUCUAAGUGCAGAGUAAGGUAAUCUGGGAUUAUUUAUCUUAACGAAUGUGAGAGUUGUUUGGUAUGCUCAGCUUGCUGAAAAUUUCAAUGUGAGCUUACCUUGGGUAUAAGUUAAAUGUGUUAAAAUUAGAGAAAGUAAAUAUGGUAUGGCGUUAGUCCUUGAGACGUCGGAGUUUUCUGGGGGUUAUGUUCUAGGAUUUAAAGUUGACUAAUUAGAAGAAGUUUAUACAGAGGUCUUGAAUUUAUUCAAAACUUAUUCUCAAAAUCCAAUAUUUGGAGUCGAGGUGACAUUCGAGGAUGCCGAACAAAAUAUUGAAGCAGUAACUAUACCUAGAUAGGAAGAUAAUCUUGAAAUAAUUGAUAAUGAGUAUAAGGGAUUUGUUUCUUUGAGCAAGAACAAUUACUAAAUGGGAGGUAAAGAGGAAGAAAAAUAAUCUAUGGAUGAUAUUAAGAAAAACAUUAUGUUUUCAGAAGAGAUUGGAUUAGCGAUAGAAAGGCCUCCUAAAGGAAUGUCUCUUGAAUAGCUUUGGAAAAUUGUGUGA